AUGGCCGGCGACAAGAUCCCGACUCUCCACUCGCUCGAGAAGCCAGAGCGGCUGCAGGACGUCUUGCGCCAGGACCGCGGCGACGACUGCUUGCCCUGCAAAGUCAUCGGAAGCGGUGCCUUCUUCGGCCUUGCAGCGUACAGCUACUUUUCGGGCAUGUCGCAGCUGGAGAAGCAGAGGGCCGUCAUUUUGCAGAGCAAGUCCAUGUUCGGCAUGAGGAGUCGCAAGUUUGGCAUCGUCACCAUCUCGGCCAGUCUCGCAUGGAUGGGCCUCUGGAGGGCCUUUAAAUGA